GGAUCCCUUCCAGGCAGGUGGGCAGCCGCAGAAGACCGCAGCCUGGAGAAAGCUCUGCUGCAGGUGGAAGAGGAGCAGCAAAGGUGUGAGAGUCUGGCGGAAGUGAACGCUCUCCUGCGGGACCACCUCGAUCAAGCGCGUGAGGUUAAUUCAGCCCUCAAAGAAGAUAUUGGAAAGCUGACGGCAGAAUGGCUGAGGGCCCGUGAAGAGCUGGAAAUGAAGGAGAGUGAGUGGCGCAAUGAACGUGAGCUUUAUGACAGCUACUUCAGGGGUGAACACAGCCGUCUGCUCAGCCUGUGGCGUCAGGUGUUAACCUUCCGCCGUCAGUUCCUGGAGAUGAAGACUGCCACUGACCGAGAUUUGUCAGAGCUGAAGGCCGAGCAAACGAGGCUUUCUGGAUCCAUACUCAUAAGCUGCUCCCGCCUGAACUGUGGUGUACAGCUCCGGGAGUCCAUCGCUCUGGGUAGACGUGUCCUGAAGGAUCAGGCAGAGCAGCAAGCGGAGCAGGACCUAAGCCAGAAGACUGGGGAAGCGAUGUGCUUGCAAGUCAAGGGGGACCUGGAGAAGAAGGAGCUUCAGGAGAGGUAAAGGUGUUUUCAAC